AUGGAUCCAAAAACGUUUUUUGAACGAUACGUAUCAACCAGAACACCCUGUAUUUUAAACCAACUGCCCAGUCCAUCUACUACCUCUACUGAUUGCAAGCCUUGGGAUUGGCUGUCACUUGCAUGGCUAGUCAAGCAUGCUGGUAAUGCAAUCGUGUCUGUAGAGCGAAAGGAUGCAUCCAUUGAUCGGUUUGGAUCUGGAAAAAAGCGAGAGCUGAUCAAGUUGGAUGAUCUAGUCAAGUUACUUGAAACUGGAGAACAAGAUGUUUACAUGACUACUCAGUAUGAUAACCAUGAAGAGGUUCAGCCUGAAUUAACAUCCAACAGGAAUGAAUCCAUGUCUGGUUUGGAAGAACAUGACUCUUUGGACUGUAAUGACAAGUCUGAUACAUACAGCCAUAGUGACCUUGAUUCUCCUUCAAAGAUCAGUGACUAUGCAUCACCCCCUCUUGACAGUGUAGUAAAACACAUUCCGAUUUCGCUCAAUCUGUUUGGAAAUCUCAUUCCGCAUUUGAUGAAUUUAUGGAUUGGAUCUUCAACGGCAGCACAAGGCACUUCUUCUGGUCUGCAUCAUGACUUUCACGACAAUUUUUAUUUAUUAAAAUCUGGUGCCAAGCAGUUUACUAUUUUCAGUCCAGAUGAUACAGAUGCAAUGUAUCUGAAUGGGAAUGUUGUUCAAGUACACGAAAAUGGAUUGCAGGAGUAUGCAGACACAUCAAGUCACGGUGUACGUGCUGAUGGAGCAUUCUUGUACGAUGUUGCUUCAUAUCAAUUACAAAUUGCUCAGGAUGCAAUGGAUAUAGCCAUCACACCUAGUGAAAUUGAGUUGGCUGAAAAAAACCUUGAUUAUGCAAUGCAGCAGAUACUUGAUUAUCAAGAUCCGGACAAUGAGUCAAUAUUUUCCCAGGACGCAGAUGACACACAAAGUGAUGUUGAAGUUGCUCAAAAUCAUCCAGUAUCCUUGACCCAAACAAAGAAACGAAAUACACAUGCUACUCUAGAAAACGUGCAGCCAUCCUUGAAAAAAGUUAAAACACAUCAAGAUACUCCAAUACAAUUACCUGCCCCCGGAAAAUCCGAAAGUGAUCCUCCCAGUUUCAGUCGCAUCCCAAUUCAGAUUUUGGAUAAGUUUAUUGCCGGCCAACCACCUCCAAAUCAAUUCGGAAAACUUGCGAAUGCUACUGGUAUUCGUUUUAAACUGAAUGCUGGAGAGGCGUUAUAUCUUCCAGGCGGUUGGUUUCAUGAAGUCCGAUCUUUUAGUAGCAGCAACUCUACAGAAAUCAAUCCACAUCUGGCUUUAAACUUUUGGCUAGAACCUCCCACUACCAACAACUUUGAUAAUCCGUACCCUGAUCACUAUUGGCGUGAUAUUCGAUGGAAGCCAUUACAAGAGUGCAUGGCUAAUGCAACACGAUAG